AUGUCCAAGCCUCCCAUCGCCAACCUCAGAGACAUCUCCAUUGCCUCGCCGUCCCUCUUCCGCUCCCGCCUCGUCCUCCGCUCCGCCGCGCCCCCGACCUCGCCAUCCCCCGAGCUCGACGCCCUCAACAUCGACACCGUCUUCGACCUCCGCUCGGGCCUCGAGGUCUCCCACUCCUCCCACGUCUCCGAUUGCGCGUUUGCCGAGCAGUGGCCCGGGGGCCCGCGCCGCGUCCACGCCCCCGUCUUCGCCGACGCCGACUACGGCCCCGAGGCGGUCGCCCUCCGCUUCCACCAGUACGCCUCGACCCAUCCCGUCCUCGGUUUCGUAAACGCCUACCGCUCCAUCCUGAAAUCCGGCGCGCCGGCGUUUGCCACCGUGCUGACGUACCUCUCUUCCGACGAGUGGGAUGCGUCCGCGGAGAGACCCAUCCUUGUACACUGCACCGCGGGCAAGGAUCGCACAGGCAUCUUGUGCGCCUUGAUAUUGAGCCUGUGCAACAUCCCAGACGAGGAUGUGGCAAGGGAGUACGGUCUUACCACCCAAGGGCUGAAGGAUACGAAGCCCACACUUGUGAAGCGGUUGAUGGCAAUGCCGGCUUUUGAGGGAGACCCAGAUGGUGCCGAGAGGAUGCUGAGUUCAGCGCCCGAGAGCAUGAUGGCUACGCUUGCCAUGAUCCGUGAGGAAUGGGGCUCUGUUGAGGAGUACGUCGUUGACGAGUGUAAACUCCCGCCCGAGGCCAUUGCUCGUAUUCGACAGAAGCUCCUGGUCGCCAACUAG